AGGAAUGCGGCCUACAUUUCUGAAAGAGAACUAAAUUCUUCUUCGAAUGAUCCUACGUUUACAUCUCAUAUACCUGAAUUUCCAUUUCAGUCGAAAGUUGCUCUUUGUACGGAACAGUCGGAGGUAACGAAGAUUCUACCAGUGUGGUUUUGUGCGUAUAUUUCAAAAAGUGUAAAAAUCAAAUUCUGCAAAAUGGAUUCUAUUCCUGGAAGAUCGGACAGAAAUGUACACUAAAGAAGAAGUAUUUAUGAUCGUUUGAAGGAGGGCUUGUCCAAACAAACUGAAAUUUUGAAAGCUGCAUGGACAGAAAACCGUAAUAUUCUCGUACAUGAAGGUAUAAAGCCUGCCCUUGCUAAGUUUUUUCACACGAUCAGAACAAUGUGGGACAAACAUAUAGCAACUUUGACAUCAGAAGUUGAAAGAACCUUGUCUAAUGACGAAGCACUUUCGAUUUUGGUCGAAUAUAAGUUCUCGAAGCGUACUUACCAGGGAAUAGUAAAAGUAGGCAAAGAAAAUAAUUGUAAGUUGUAUCCAUCUUACGAUAACGUUUUAAAAGCGAAAAAGCGUUGUUAUCCACCACGUACUAGCAUUACGAUCACAGGGAGUUGUGCAGAAGUAAAAUUGCAGGCUUUAUUGGAUCACACAGCAGAGCGUAUUUUGUUCCUCCAAAGAGAAGUUAUUGGUAGCUUGGCUGUAGAAAAUGCCAGAAAUAUACGCCUCAUUUGUAAGUGGGGUUGUGACGGAAGCUCUGGACGUUACAAGCAGAGGCUCUGGAAAAGCGUUUACAAGCAGAAGUUUACCGAAGGCGGCAAAUCAGAUGGAAAUGUGUAUGUCACCUCACUUGUGCCGUUACAGCUCGUAUAUAAGGACCACAUAUCGAACACAGAAAUUGUUGUGUGGAAGAAUCCUAGACCAUCGUCUUCUCGAUUCUGUAGACCGAUAAGACUGCAUCUUCUGCUUGAAAAUGUUGAGUCGGUACUCAAUGAUGUCGAUGACAUUGAACAACAGGUGGAGUCGCUUGUUCCUUUCACAACACAAGUAAACGGAAUGGAAAUCUGCGUUAAAUACAACAUGACGUUUACGAUGAUAGACAGUAAAGUUUGCAGUGCGGUACCAGGUACAAAAUCUGCUCAACGUUGUUACUUGUGCGGAGCUACGUCCAAGGAGUUCAACAACAUAGAUGAGAUUCUGCAGAAAAAAGUAACUGAAACUAAUGUACGAUUUGGAAUAUCAAUGUUGCACGCUUGGAUACGUUUUUUUGAAUGCUGUUUGCAUUUAUCAUACAAACUCGAAAUUAAGAAAUGGCAAGCUAAUACUAAGAGGGAGAAAAGAAUUACCGAAGACCGCAAAAAAGUUAUUCAAAAGGGAUUUCGUUUACAAUUGGGACUAAUUGUUGACCGUCCAAUAAAACCUGGUUACGGAAGCACUAACGACGGAAGUACAGCUCGACGCUUUUUCAAAAACUCGAGUAUAUCUGCUACAAUAACAGGUGUUUCCGAACAUUUAAUCAAUCGGUUUCACGUGAUUCUACAGGCCAUUUCGAGUGGCCAUAAUAUUAAAUGCGAUAAAUUCCGAGAAUAUGCUCUGGAAACUGCGCGGAAAUUUGUCGAGUUAUACCCGUGGUACGACAUGCCGACUUCAGUACAUAAACUUUUAAUUCACGGGCCAGAAAUUAUAGCAUCCGCCUUAUUAUUACCGAUAGGUCAAUUAUCCGAGGAAGCACGAAAUAAGAAUAUCAAAAAACUUUGUAAAAAUUUUUCGCGAAAGUGCUCAAGAGAUAAUAUACAAGAUGUUUUCAAUCAGCUGAUGGUCACUUCGGAUCCAUAUAUUUCUAGUAUAAGAAAACUGCCUCAAAGACCACUCGAAUCAUUGUUGCCAGAAACUAUCGAAUUACUAGAAUCUCCAACAGCUCAUGCUGCAAUCACGGAUGAGAUGUAUACCGAUACAUCCGAAUCUUCUGAAUCUUCAGAAACCGACACUCAUAUUGACAUUUAUUGCGAUUCUGAUACUGAUAUUGAUUUCGAUUUUUGUCCAUAAAGUAAAAAUAUCUUCUUUAUAAUGUACAAAAU